CACUCCUACCAGACUAGACUUCCAUCACCAGAAUAUCCUCGUGAAAAUCUCAACAGAAAGCAAACCAAACCUUCAAGCUUUGAGCCUUUAUCACUCCAAACCCAGAAACCCAUUGAGAAACUCGACCCGAUUCCCGAUGGGUUUGGCCGCCAAACCCGCCGAAGAAAACUCCGAAUCCAGCCUCCUCCUCCCCACCACAGCCGACGGCGCCGCCGCAGCCAAUAAAGUCCCAAACGACCCAUUCAACCUGACCUACAUCAUCUACUUCACUCUGGGCCUCGGCUACCUCCUCCCAUGGAACGCUUUCAUCACCGCCGUCGAUUACUUCACCUACCUCUACCCUGACGCCAGCGUCGACCGCAUCUUCUCCGUCGCCUACAUGGUCGUCGGCCUCGUCGUGCUUGUCAUCAUCGUCUUCUACGCCCAGAAGACCGACGCCCACCUCCGGAUCAACCUCGGCCUCGGCCUCUUUGUCGUGUCGCUGCUCAUCGUGCCUGUGAUGGACUUGGUUUACAUCCAGGGCCGGGUCGGGUUGUACGACGGGUUCUACGUCACGGUUGCGGCGGUUGCGCUCUCGGGUCUAGCUGAUGCUCUGGUCCAAGGCUCGCUGAUCGGCGCGGCUGGAGAGUUGCCUGAGAGGUAUAUGCAGGCGAUUGUAGCUGGCACUGCUGGAUCAGGAGUGCUUGUUUCCCUUUUGAGGAUCCUAACGAAGGCGGUGUAUCCACAAACUGGAGAGGGACUGAGAAAGAGUGCAAAUCUUUACUUUGCUGUGGGGAUAGUGGUUAUGGUGAUAUGCAUUGUUUUCUACAAUGUGGCACCGAGGAUUCCGGUUAUGAAGUACUAUGCAGAGUUGAAGAUUCAGGCUGUGAAUGAGGAGAAAGAGCUGAAAGGUCCUCUGACGGGGUCUGCGUUGAGGUCAAAUCUGUGGGAGAUAGUUGGGAGUGUCAAGUGGUACGGAAUCGGCAUUCUCCUUAUCUACAUUGUGACUUUGGCGAUAUUUCCAGGGUAUAUUACCGAAGAUGUACAUUCUGAGCUUCUCAAGGAUUGGUACGCGAUCAUUCUUAUUACUGGUUACAAUGUGUUUGAUCUGGUUGGUAAGGUUCUGACUUCAGUAUAUCUCCUUGAGAACUCCAAGGUUGCAAUUGGCGGCACAAUUGCCAGAUUGCUAUUUUUUCCUUUGUUCUAUGGGUGCUUGCACGGCCCAGCAUUCUUCAGAACAGAGAUUCCAGUGACAAUACUGACUUGCCUUUUGGGACUUACUAAUGGCUACUUGACGAGCGUGUUGAUGAUUUUGGCUCCCAAAGUUGUCCCAUUACAGCAUGCCGAGACUGCAGGGAUUUUGAUUGUGUUAUUCUUGGUUGUGGGUUUGGCUGCUGGUUCAAUUGUAUCUUGGUUCUGGGUCAUCUGAUCUCAAGCAAAUUAUAUCAUAUCAAAGACUCAAACCUGCUCUUGGUGCAGCAUGACACAGUUGGGAAUGGGAGUUUGAUUUCACUUUCUUGCCAUUUCAUUUCUCCUUCUGUACAUCUGUCAUCUGUGUAACUCAAUUGUUAACAAUGUUGUUAUCUUGUUUCCAUGGAAUGUAAAUGGUCCAUAUGAAUUAGGGGAGUGUGGAUGUUGCUUUAUUUGCGCUAUCGAGG